AUGAAACGAUUGCUGUUGGCAAUCGGUCUGCUCGGGGUGCUGAUUCAGGUAAGUCAUCGUCUUUGCGUUAACAUAACACAAUUUUUAAACUUCAGCAAGCCCAAAGUGCCGCUGAAAAUGGGAUCCUGGGAGAUCCCUAUGUAAAUUGUGGUCCAAACGGGAUUGAAGUCAGAUUCGACACUCGGAAUCCCUUCAAAGGAGUUGUUUUCGUGAAGGAUCAACUCGAAUGGCCCGAAUGCCGCUCAGCUCCAAUCGACGCCGAUUCCAACGGCUUCAGAAAUGCCUCAAUUUCGUUGAACUUCAAGGACUGCGGACUUGAACGAAGACGAUCGGUAAGUUUGUUUUUUACGCCAAAGCUACCGUAG